UAUUUCUUGUUACAUUUAAAACAAUUAAAAUUAAGUGAGUUUUGAAGUUUGUUCAAAUAACUUGAAAGGUGCUUUUCGUUGAUUAUAUGUGGUGUUUUAGUGAUGUAGCCCUUUCCAUAAAAUCACGUUACACCAAACUGCAUGCAUUUUUUUCUUUCUCAGAUUUGUGAUCACAUCAGUGAGGAAUACAAUAAUUACAGUAUUUGUAAAAUAAGAAUCUUGACUAGAAACUAGAAUUCUGAAUGAAUAUUUUCUGUAAUUUCCCUCCAUGUAUUGCAGCGCUCCUCUCAGUGCUGCUUCUGACCACAGCAGGACAAUCUACAAUGCUGACCACAGCAAGUACUGCUCCGUCAAACUCCUCUCUGACCACACAGCUCAGCAACAGCAGUAUGGAGAAACCUCGGGUUCUGCACUCACACGGACCAUGUAGCAGUGAACAUGAAACAUACUGUGAAAACGGUGGAGAGUGCAUGUAUCCCCAAGACAGCGACAAACCUUCUUGCAUCUGCACGUCCUCGUACAUCGGGCCUCGCUGCCUUUUCUUCAAUGAUCGCACUCGCACUCUGCCAGAGUUAGAGCAACUGAUUGCCAUCAGUUUUGGGGUCGCCAUGCUCAUCUUCGUCCUGGCCAUCGUCAUUUACUGCUUUGUCAAUAAGAUGUGUAAAAAAUCAACACCGCUGAUAAAGUCUGCACCGUCUGAGUCGUCGGUGUGAUCCCCAACGACUCAUCUGUUCGUCAUCAUCUUCAUCAUCGUCACUGCCAUUUUUAGUAUUUAUAAAAACAUAAACCACAACAUUGUAACAUACUGUAAAGACUUACAGCAUUGUAAACAACUUACAAAGCAAUUAAGAGACCGGAUUUUUCCCCUUUAUGACAUUUGAUAUGCAUAAAGAUGAUCACACUUCAGUUUCACAUCAUUCAAACAAGCGAAGACUUGUCUAUUUAUUUUUAACAGCGUCAGAUAUCAAUCUCUUCAUAGUCCUUUAAAAGAAUGAGGGAGAACUAAUUAUUUAUUAUAAUAUAACAAUUAACUUAUUGUUAGUUU